AUGGAGGAUCUCCUGCAACAGAUCGUGCGGGACUCACAAAAUGCUAAACUAUCGAAUUUACGAAAAGCAGCGCAAGAUGCCUACGAGUUCAUGGAAAAACAGCAGGGACUGCUGCGUGAUCCCCCUCAUGAACUGCGGAGCAAGUGUCUUCAUGCUAUUCAACUCGCGCUGGAAACAAAAAGAAGUAAAUUUGUGUCCUACGGAAUUUCUGGAUUACACAAAAUACUGAGAGACGAUCGAUUUCAAUCGCCCUACGAACCGGAGGAUGACUCACUGUGGCUGCCAGCUCAGAUGUUGCACGCAAUGGGAUCCAUACUGUCCCAGUCCGACGAUACCCAAACGGAUAUGCUUAAGGUGCUGUUGCAAGUCGCCUGUUCGGCGUACUGGACGAUGAACGGUCGUUUGAUUAUUGCCAUUCUCACGACGUGCUGCGAAGCUUUUGAGAAUGGCAACCAAGCGGUUAGGACGGCUGCACAGGCGGCGACUAGUCAGACACUCAGGUCAUUUUGUUUAUUCUUGGACGAAGAAUGCCAAGAGAUGGACGAAUACGCAAAGCGCAAUAAAAAUUUGCGCGAAAGAGGUGUCUCCUGUUUCAAUGAAGCCUUACCAAUCCUCCAAUACAUCUGCAGCCGCUUGGACGAGGCGCAAAGAAAAAGAUAUUCAACCGGCAAAAAUGGGAACACGAUCGUCUUUCUCCUCGAAUGCCUGCACACCCUCAUCUCCUCAUUACCCCAGAAAAUUCACACAAAUGCCCACUUCACAACCUUCCUCUGGCAGAAAUUCUGUCCCGCAUUGAUCGCAUUUCUGGGUACCCCCCGUGUGGACAAAAGUUUUACAUCGCGAGAGGGUAAAGACACCGAAGUGGGCCGGGGCUCUGGUUACACAACAUCAGCUUUAAGCUUUGAUAAUCAUCAAGCGAAAACCGUGUACAGCAUCGGCACGGAACUGGUUCGCCUCGUGGGCUGUGUCGGUCCCCUCCGGCCAGUCCUGGAGUCGGUGUUCCACCGGAUGUUGCUGUACCCAACCCCCCAGCAGAGACUGGAGCCCCUGAAAGCCCUCCGAGAACUUCUUCGAAGUCCAAGCCGUAUAGUAGACUUUACAGGGCCCCUUCUGAUCGAAGAAGAAAAGACAAGUCAACCGCAGAGUGACAUGGCCCUGAUGAGACUUGCCAUGGACUCCAUCGAGGAGUCUACGAUGGCGGGACAGUCCACUCUGUACGCAAGCGUCUCCUGUGUCGUGGCGAUGCUGUCAGCUCUGCAGGAACUCUGCGAGGGCAAGGCGAUCAAUCACAGUUACACCUGUACGAUAAACUCCCUCUACGAGAACCUGGAAUCCUGUGAUUAUCGUGGACCUCUGACGUACCAGAGCAUGGCCAGAUUACCGAAGACCUAUCGAGAACAGCUGGAACUGAUGAAGAAGUCGAGCGGCUCGGAGUCCGAUUCAUCUGGUCACGGUCCAUCAGAGGACGGCGAUUCCACUGAUACAGAAGGUCCUCAGAAUGAAUCCGACGACAUCAACGAGGAGAACAGCAUCGACGAGCACGACUAUGCAAUUGAAAACGAAAAGGAACGACUGCGACUGGAGAAAUUGCCAAAGUGUCUUCACGUUGGCCGACAAGCAGCUGAAGAAUGCAAUGUUGACGUAGAAAGACACAAUGCCCGUCAGUUCGUGAAGAUCCUCCGAACAGAUCUCAUUCCCAAUGUUCUCAAUCUCCGGAGUAACAUUGAGGUCGACGAGGCACUCCAGAGUUUCGCAUCUGAAUACUGUCAAGGUGUCUUCGCUGCACAGCAGAAGAUACAGGAUCGAACGCAGAUGAGCGUUGACACGUGUGCCUUAAUCACGAUCAUGAAUGCUGAUGGUAUUUACUUAGCUACUUACGCAGCACUACUACUCAAUCUGAAAUUAAUCAGAAUGAAUUAUUACUGCUUGGAAGGUCGUCAAGUGCCGAUCAGCGAGGAACAGUUUGUCGAAGAGGUUCACGGAUCGGGAGUUCUGGUAUACUUAUCAGCGACAUGGCUGUCCGAGUUGUACCAGCAGAUCCUGGCCUGCAAUCUCUUGGAGAAAUGCGGUUACAAUCCUUCAUCAACCGAGAAUUGCGCCUUGGUGAACAUCUUGGUCGACGUUGAUGGAAUAAGCGAAAGCCAGCGAGGAGGACAGUUGCUGUCGGAUUACCGACGUCUUGAGAAGGCCCAACUCUCCCGAAGUGAGCCAACCCCUGAGGCUGAGGCAGGUGCCAAAUUAUCCCGUAGGGUAUUGUCCUGUUGUUGGGCGAGUAUGAUGACAGUUCUAACAGCUGGACUGAAUCCCGUCAAGGAGGAAUCCAACAAAGGUCUCCUGAAUCGGGACAACACACGCCGAGGAAUCCGGGACACGGUGGUUCUCGCAUUGGAGGGGCUUCACAAGGCGGCGACGCUCAGUAAUAUUUUGGGACUGCAAAAUCGUUGUGGUUCUAUCUUCGCUUUAUUGGCGAAAGCUGCUUGCACAGAGCCCGCGAUAUCGAAAUUGAGGCGCACCAAGGACGUUUUGAGACUCAAAUUACAAAACAGGGCGACGAAUAUUCAUACAUCACAUGCGCUGAGCAUGGAGGUGUUACUUGGAAGGGGAUUGGAGCUUGGAAGUCAUGGAUCUGACUGUUGGCCGCACGUAUUCACCUGUUGUUUAUACGUCAGCAAACUGGAGCAUGAUUUCUUUGGUAGGAAUCAGACUCUCUCGCUUCCAAAAGUCAUCAAGAAGGAGAAGAAAGACGCGAAUACAUCGGAUUCAAAAUUAAACGACAAGAAUAAACUCAACUUCAAUAUCGUUGAUGAGGAAGAAACGUGUGUUGAUGUUUACAGCUUCCUGUCGACACCUUACAGCCAGAAUACGAUUACCGAUACUAUUCCGGAGAUCAUUCAAGAGUCCAACGCUGAUAAUCAGUUCAAUGGGAUCCUUCCUGCUGAUUACGCUGCGAAGAUCAUCUGUGUUUUAUCGCAGCAAGUCGAUAGACUGUUUGAAGAUGCUGCUUUGAAGUUGAAUUUGAAGGCCCUGUGUUCCUUCUUAUCAGCUUUAUGCUGCGCAAGUAAAGAUCAGCUCUUCAAAUCAACGGAGAGCUGCAGGGACAGCAAUAGGUUCUGGUGGAAGAAGAGCAAGCCUCGAGAGGAAGAGUUGAAUGUUCUUCUUCUUUCAAGAUUGGGAGAGGUCAUGCUGAAGUGUGUGAAGAGCGGACGACCUCUGAUUCACGUCAUGAGGAUUUGGAGUAUCUUAGGUCCUCAUUUCAUGGAAGCAGCUUGCCACAAAGAUCGAGAGAUCUCUAAGAAAGCAGUUCAAUGUAUUCACGAUUCAAUGGCAGCGUUGUUGAAUGAGCAGAUUGAACUGCCGCACUUUCAUUUCAAUGAAGCCCUCUUCAAACCCUUUGAGAAUCUCCUAUGCCUGGAGCUUUGUGACAGCGAUGUCCAGGACCAAAUCGUCAGCUGCAUCUGCGAAUUCGUUGAGACAAAUAGGACUGAAAUCAGGUCUGGAUGGAGGCCUUUGUUUGGAGCGUUACGUGUAGCUUCUGUUGGUAAUUCUGACUCUGUCGAGUCAGCACCACUUCUCGAGGUCUUUCGAGUCUUUUUAUCGACUGACAAUACCCUGGUGUUUGCUAAUGCCGCCUUAGACUGUAUUUUGUGUCUCCUGAGACAUGUGCGAGGCUCGGGAGAGACCGAGACACCGCAGGAUAUCGAUCAAAUCAAUAACGCAGAAAUUAGAAAGAUGAGAUUGUGCUUGGAGAGCUUGAAGUAUUUACUCAACUGCAGUGAUAUCUUGUCGUCAAUGUACCGAAUGCCUGCGUGCCCUAUCUUCCAUUCAGCCACAAGGAUUCAACUGUCUACGAUCCCUCAAUACGUCGAUCCAAUCAUUCCUAAUCUGGAAUUGACAAAGUUCGAGAGAUCCUCGGAAUCAAUGCAAGAAAUUGUCCCUGAGAUUUCCUACGAGAUUCUUUCAAGGGUGGAUAAGGCACAGACGAUAACUCUUCAGAGCAUGGAGAAACCGAGCGGAAUUCUGAGGGUCUGGUAUCUUCUGAUCGAGGGACUGGCUAGCGCCACAAUGAUCUGCCCAAGAAGAUAUCAACCGCACACGUUGGAAACCCUCUUCCAUCUUCUUCGAGAUGUCUUGAAUGUCCCCGGACCGGCCUUCGGUCUCUACUGCGUUAACCAUCUACUUCUUCCCAUGGUUCAGAAUUGGCUGAGGAUGACCUCGAAGAUAUUCCGGGGAUGGGACAAUUUUGCCCCGAAUUUCAAGCAGUGCUGCGGACUGACAACGGAUUUGGUGGUUGACUACUUGACCCAUCUCCAAGGUCCUGAGGUGAAGCGAAAGGACGAAUUACUUCCGGCAACUACGCUUAUGCUUAAGCAACUUCUAUUAGUGAUGGCUGAAUGCGUUGUACAGCAGACUGAGAGUAUCGCGAGGUUGGGCUGCGCUUGUAUCAGGCAUGUUCUUGUCAGCAGCGGACCAAUUCUCACCCCAGAACAGUGGGAAGUCUGUGGUAUUGCCUGCUAUCGUGCCUGUUCAAAUUCCCUCCAGGAAUUGCAUCAACUUACGAUGGCAUUCUCACCAAGAUCCGAGUCUUUUUACGGAGACAUUGCACAGGUCAAGGUUGCCGCAAGGCGUGAUGCCACACCCGAGGAGUCUGAGCGUCUUCGUCAACUCUCAGCGCAGGUAUUUCUUCUUGCUGAGCAACGACCUGAAAAUCCCCAACAGCAUUCGGAUGAAAGAUCCUACGUCUUCCUGUUGUACCCACCGUCGGUCGCCUCGACGUUGAACCCUGAUUUAUAUAUUGUACGGGUACAAUUGAGAGCAUUGGUUGUUGGUUUGUUGGUGCAUCAGAUGUUGUUGCAGUGCAUUGCUAGUGUCCUUCUGCCAGGCUCUGGAGGCUCAAUAUCAUGCUUUACGAACGUGAUACCAAACUCCACCUCACCAACAUCAAAAAUUCCCCCAACAAGCUGUAUAUCUCAUCUGACCUCUCCUCACAUCGAUACAUUCUUAGCUGCCCUGGACCUCGCCUAUGCGGCGUCCCUGAAAUUCGACGCCCGUCCAGGGCUCAAAUUUCUCCUUCAAAAAGUCGCAAAUUUAGAUCAGCCCGCAAACCUCUAUCGACAAGCAGGAGCAGCCUGGACUAUUAAAAUUCUAACGCUCUUUGAGCUUUGUCUGGCCGAGAUAACGAAAACCGGAGCCGAUCUUGAGAUAGUCAAAGCUAUCGUUUCCAAUCACAAUCUCGAAAAAUCGCAGGAUAAAGUUAGAUAUCGUCAGCUAGUCAAAUAUGUUAAGCAGCUUCGAACGACUUUUGAGACUCUGUGCGAGAAUUAUGUUGAUGUUGCGUUGAACCGCGAUGGGAAAUAUUCUUUGGCUGAUAGUUUUGCAGAGAGGAAGAUUUUCCUACUGGUCGCCCAGCCCGACGAUUUUCCAGAGAUCACGAGCAAGGAGUCCAUGGACGUUCGAACGUUUCAUCCUAUGAGUCCAGAGGCAACUGCUAAUGAUCAUGAGAGAACGGGUGAAUCCAAUCUCGUGGGCGAGGAUAAUGGAAAAAUUGAGGAGGAAUACCGAUCUCUCAAGCUUUUUGAUUUGGCUUCUGACUAUUAUUUGGAAUCUGGACCAGAGUCGGAAUCAGAAUCCGAUGAUUCACGACCAUCUUCACGACCAACAUCUCCGAGAAAACGAAUUAUUUAUCGAGCAAAAUCACCGGAUAAUUCAGAGGGAAAUAAUUGUUCUGAAAAGAAUUCGCCAGAAAUUCCAGUGAUUUCUAUUGAUAGAUUAGCAGAAACGCACACUAAUGACGUAAAAAUUCCCGACAUCAACGAUUUUGAUAGUAAAUAUAUUACUCAGGAACAAACAAAUUUCAACAUUACCUCGUUUGAUAAUUUCAACGUUGAAAGGAUAAAAAGUGAAAAUAGUUUACUAUCCAGAAGAAAUUCUCUGAAAUUUAUAAUGAAUUAUGAUUUAAAAGAUGACGAGUAUUUUUCAAAAUUCCAGAGAUCAAAAUCUCUGAUGGAGUUGCACAGAAUUUACGAUGAUAAUUACACUAAAGUGUCUUCGAUAUAUCGAAUUAACAAUGAGCCUUUUAAGAAUAAAUUAGUUGAUGAGCAGCAAGAAUCUACGGAUAAUGCAGGGAGUUCGAUGAUAAAUUCGAGAUAUGAGGACAAUGUUGAUGAUUUAUUGAAAGAGUACGAGAAGAGUAAAAGGGGAUUUAGGAUAAACCCCUUCUUGCAGGAUUAUGAAGGCAAUUUGGUGGAGAGAAUAUCAGAGAGUGCCAAGGGGAAAGCCAUUGGGAGGGAUAGUGAAGCGCAUCGGAGGGCAUGGGCCGAGACACUUUGCGCUGCUCUGGAGUGGGCUCUUGCACUUACGGAUGAAAACCUGAAACCACUUCUUCCAGUCCUAGUCGGUGGAGUUAGAACCCUUACAAAGUUCGCAGUUGAUCAAAAUCUCAAACAGAAACUCUCUACUCUAUUUCAUCGUAUCGUCGUACUCUAUGGCUUGACAAAUAACUAGAAUAUCUGAUAAUUUUAAUUUAAAGCUUAAUUAUUAAAUUAUCGAAACAUAAGGUUAUGCAGGCUGUAUAAAAUGGUUGACUGAAAAUUAAGAGAAACACAUAUUGAUGAAUUUUAAAAAAGUAUUCGAUAUCCAAGUGUAUUUUAAAGGAAUAUCUAUGUCUUGGGAAAAAAGGAGGUGAAUUUUUCGGAGGACGUGUACUCCAUUGUCUUCGACAAGCUGAUGCUGAUACGAUCAUAUAUGUAAUGCAUGAACAUUGUCAUGUUUAAAUGUAAAAUGUAUGAUACUGUAUGAUUAUGCCCAAUAUAUUAUUUUUCGAAGUGCUGUUGCUCAUAAAAAGAAAAUUGAAAAAAAAAAACAAAAAGAGAAAAAAAUUGGAAUAUUUGAGAAAAAGGGAGGUGUUUUCUGACUGCUGGCAAAUAAUGUAUUGACUGCUACAUCAAAAGAAUAAAUAUAUCGACAAUAUAAAUCCUAA